UACUUCAGCUAUUUUGCAGCACUAGAAGUCCGCCAGUUUUCCGACGCUGUGUAAAACCGCGCCAUUUUCAGACCAGGAUUCUGCAAGUAAGGUGAAGGAAGCACUGCACUUUGACCCAGUCGUAUAGUAAUUCAAUCUGCGCCAUAUGCCAUCAACCGAUUUCGUCGACAUCCCAGCUGCCAAGAAGAUGAAGAUCGACACGUGCGUCCUGCGAUUCGCCAAGCUCACCGAAAAUGCUUUGGAGCCGGUAAGGGGAUCCGCCAAAGCGGCGGGCGUUGACUUGCGAAGCGCCUACGACCUGGUGGUGCCGGCACGAGGCAAGGCCGUCGUCAAGACCGACCUGCAAGUGCAGCUUCCGGAGGGCUCCUACGGACGGGUGGCCCCUCGGUCCGGGCUGGCCGUGAAGAACUUCAUCGAUGUGGGCGCCGGUGUGGUGGACGAGGAUUAUCGCGGCAAUCUCGGCGUCGUCCUGUUCAAUCACUCUAAUGUAGAUUUCGAGGUGAAGCACGGCGACCGCAUCGCCCAGUUCAUUUGCGAGCGCAUCUUCUAUCCGCAACUGGUGAUGGUGGACAAGCUGGAGGACACCGAGCGCGGCGAGGCGGGAUUCGGUUCCACCGGAGUCAAGGAUCUGCCGGCAGCCAAGGCGCAGAACAGCAACGGAGAGAAGGCUGCCGAACCGGAGGGAGCUGCCCCCGCUCCUGUUGCUACGUAAACGAGAAACUAUUGCCGCAUUAAGCACAUCGCUCAUUGUCAAAGAGUUCCAUUCUGUAUCCUUAAGUGAAAAAUGUUAACGUAUGUGUAUUUGUUUAAUUAGAUUGGCUGUUUGAUGUUCACCAUUUGCUGGAUAUAAAAGAAAGCAUUGCAUACUUUUGGAUUCUAGAUUUAUGCAUGCACAAAUUCCUA